AGAUUUUAUCAUUGUCCCACUUCCGAUAUAUAUCCUCCACUGGCUUCAUAAUCAUAUGCCUUACACGAACCUGCAAAGUAAUAUACAAGAUUAGAAAAACACAAAAUUUAAAUGGAAGAAAUACUACUUGUGUUUAUACCUUUGGAUACUUUCUCUUUUCUUGGGCACAAAAAUCUAAGAAGUUUAUAUGCGUACGAGAUUCCUCCCCCAUGACAGAAGAGGAACAUCAGCUCCCUCAAUCCGAUUCCCAUAUAUUUUUCCUAAACCAGGGACAAACUCAUAAAUCCAUAUUAAGAGCGCAUGAACACAGCCGUGAAGUGUGUAACUUUUCUUUGCUUCAUAUGUGAGUACUUUAAUGGACUCAACAAGGCUUCUAAAUCCAACACGACACCAUAGAUAUCGCUGGAAAGCUGCAGUGUCCAUCACCCUUUUAGCACAAUGCAAAGGAAUUCUGAUGUUGCUUGAAAUGCCAAAAAUGCCAAUGGAUAGCAGACACAACAAACCAAUCAUCACUCGCUUCUCUCGAGGCCAGUUUCUGCAAAUCGGGAAUAUGGCUUGUAACUCAAGCAAUAUAGGUCCAUCUGAUGUCGGAACGUUCAUCUCGAGCCAAAACUCUUGAUGAUCCACAUCCCGAACGUCAUGCUUGUCGAAAGGAUCACAAUUCAGACCUGUAUUAUCUCCAAACUCAUACAAAGAGAAACACAAUGGCAUAAAAUCAUCUAUCAAAGACCAAAUCUCAUGACUGCUCUCAGUUGCUAAUUGAUUGGCAAGGAAAUGGUGAACAACUUUCGCAUACCAAAUAUAAUGCAGCUCUUUCAGCUUCACAAUCACUCCAAUAGUUGAUUCCCUCAACUCAGACCAAACAUCUUCCCCAAGUUCUUCUCUCACAGUUUGAAUGUUGGAGAGAUAACAACUAUGAUUCAUGCUCCUAUUCUGAACUGGGGUUUUCCCAACCUCAUACAGACGACGAGGAUACUUUCUCAUACCUGAAGAAGAAAUCGUACCUGAAAAAUAAAGCACUUAACAAGUUACUUUCUUCUCUAGGAACAAUCUCCGAUCAACUGUCAUAACCAAACUUUAAUUACAGAAAAAAAGUCUCGAGAUUUGAAAGGGAAAGAAUGUUGAAAUUAGGAUUUAGGGCUUUCGAAAUUAAACAUCUCAAUCAAAUAAUAUAUGUUCAAGAAAUGUAAUAACUACUGGGAAUUGGAUUGAUUUAGCACUUAUAGUUGAAAUUGGGAUUUAGGUUUACACAAAAGAAAGAAGAUGGUGACUUGAAGAGGAGGUAACGAACGACUGUGACAGAGGAGCUGUCGACGGCAGCUAUGACGUAGGAGAUGUUGUCAGGGUGGGAUAGGGACGACAGUGACUCUUGAUCGGAGAAUGUUUAUGUCAUGUCUCGAUGUCGUCGUGAGAGAGCGAGAGAGAGAAAGAGAGAGAGGAACGAGUCGUGGUUGGUUUGUAUUUCUAUUUUUUCGAUUUUUUUUCAAAUUUAACAUAUAUUUUCAAAUUUUUUAAUUUAUUUAUGUGGCAAUUUUGUAGUUAACCAAGUUACUAAUGUGGACUGUGCUUUUAGUAAAUUUUUUAACCAAGUUACUAAUGUGCUUUUAGUAAAUUUUUUAAAAUCUCAUUUUAGUCUAGUAAUUUAUAUUUAAUAUGAAUUUUUCUUGUAAUUUUUAGAUGAAUGUGAGUUAGUCUAGGUAAUUUCUCUAUUUUUUUAUCAAGAUAACGUAAAAGAGAACGAGCUUUUUUUUUUAAACAACUUCAAAUCUUGAGAAAACAAAGCUUUUUCGACAUUCACGUCAACAACAAGAAAUCGCAAGAAACUAAAUGUUCUAUCCGUUGAAAAAAAUAAAUAAAUGUACUGUAAAUAUUUUAUGCUAAUAUAUCGGCCCUUCAGACAAAUCGUAGCAGAGGAGAGAGAGUUAGACUUGGAUCAAGACGAGAAAGAAUACCAUUUUAAAAGGAUCUAAUAUUAAACUUCGCAGAUCUCCCAUUCUGUGAUGGAAAGAUAAUUAUAACAACAAUAAAGACCGAAAUAAACAGCCAAAAAAUACGAAACUGUCAACGUUUUCCUUUGGCUUCUUGUCUGCAAAAUCUUUCAACUUAAUCUUGUUACUCUUCUUUUCUGGUUCAUUAAAAAAACAACUCGAAGAUAAAUGGGUACGGGAUGGCGGCGAGCCUUUUGCACCACCGCCUCUAGAAAGAGUGACGCGGUGGCCCCAGAUCUUGACAAGCAACAAGCGGGCUACACUCUCAACUCCAACCCUAGCCCAAGAAGCUGCGUGAAGCUCGCUUUUCUCUCCGGAGGAAGUAAUUCGUCGACUCCCCGUACAAAUUAUAGUCCAAGCCUGGGCUGUCGGACAACGGAUGCCGAGAAUCCUGUUCCCACCGCGGAGCAAAUCCCGACACCAAGAUCGGCAACAAAGAGCCCCAGACUAUCUUUGAAGGCCAGGUCAAACCCUUCGUCUCCUCGGUUAAAGCUUUCUCUGUUCCGCAACAGCUUCAAAUUCCGAAGUAAUUGUGGAAUUUGUUUGAACAGCGUGAAAACAGGGCAAGGGACGGCAAAAUAUACGGCAGAGUGUUCGCAUGUGUUUCAUUUCCCUUGUGUCACCGAUUACGUCAGCAAACACGGCAAGCUUGUUUGCCCUGUUUGUAACUCCCUUUGGAAAGACGCUUCUCUUCUUACUCUUCAUGGGAAUGGAAUUGAACCUCCCUUGGAAAACGCCGUUUCCAUUGAGGAGAAGCGUGUUGUCGCCGUCGCAACUUCUCCUAUAGCAAAGCCCAUGCCAAAGCAGUCUCACAAUUACGAUGAUGACGAGCCUUUGCUUUCGCCACGGUUUGUCACCAUACCUGAAGCCAAUGAGAAUUGCAGAUGUGAAGAGGAGACUGAUGUGGCUCAGUUCAAGGGAUUCGUGGUAGACCCUAGCCCUUCCUUUGCCGUCAAAUCUCAUGAGAUCCCGGCCACGGGUCGAGAUUUUGGAAAUGUGCAGGUGAGCUUGUUACCUGAAUCUGCCGUUGUGUCUGUUGGGUGUGGUUACGAGACCCGUGCAGUGGCUCUGCGAGUGAAGGCACCACCGCCUCUAGGUACAAGAGGGCGCAGGCUUUUAGAUCCGUCUCAACGUGCGCCGGUGGAUCUGGUUGUUGUAGUUGAUGUAGGUGGAACCAUGAACGGUGCAAAACUCCAGAUGGUCAAACGAGCCAUGCGGGUUGUGAUUUCCUCGCUCAGCUCUGCUGAUCGGCUCUCUAUUGUCUCUGCUUCCUCGAAGAGACUCCUCCCACUUAAGAGAAUGACAGAGAAUGGAAAACGCUCCGCUGGAGUGGUGGUGGAUGGGCUCCUUUGCUGUCAAAGUUCUAAGAUAAGUGAUGGUUUGGAAAAAGCGGCAAGAGUGCUGGAGGAUCGUAGGGAGAGAAACCCAAUUGCUAGCAUCGUACUCCUAAAGGACGGUCAGCCAAUUUCCAGUAGAGCCAACACAAAUCAACGGUCCACAAUAACCCAUGUGGGGUUAACACGCUUUGCUCACAUAGAGAUCCCUGUUACUGAAUAUGGCUUUGGAGAGAGUGGUGGGUGCAGCCAUGCUCCUGUCGAAGAGGCUUUCGCGAAAUGCCUAGGAGGAUUUCUUAGCGUGGUGGUUCAAGAUCUAAGGAUCCAAUUUCGAGUUGGAUCAGGAUCUGGACCAUGUGAAAUCGCAGCCAUUUAUUUAUGCAAUGGACAACCCACUUUGGUGAGCUCUGGUUCUGGAUCAGUCCGGCUCGGGGACCUAUACGCAGGCGAAGAAAGAGAGGUUUUAGUGGAGCUUAGGAUCCCAUCAACGGCAAGCAUGGUCCACCAAGUUCUAUCAGUUAGAGGUCUCUAUAAGGACCCUUCGACGCAGGAAGUUGUAUACGGACGUGACCAAUCACUCCGCGUUCCCCAAGCCGUAAGAUCAUCUUCUCCCAGUAUCGAACGCUUGAGGUGCCUUUUCAUAAUGACACGGGCAGUUGCCGAGUCUCGAAGGCUGGUAGAGUAUGGGGAAUGCACAAGCGCACACCACUUGUUAACGUCAGCGCAUGCUUUGCUUGGGCAAUCAAGAAUGGCGGAGGCAGCGGACUAUACCAAGGUAGUAGAGGCAGAGUUGGUGGAAGUUCAGUGGAGGAGGCAACAGCUGAUGGAAUAUGAGAGUCAGCCCCAACAACAACAUAUUCAACAGCGGAGAGGAAGCGAAAGAGACACAACGAUGAUUUUAGUGGACGAAAACGGUGAGCCGUUGACUCCCGCGUCGGCAUGGAGAGCAGCUGAGAAGUUUGCUAAGGUGGCUAUGAUGAAGAAGAGCGACUUGCACGGCUUCGAAAAUGCUAGAUUUUAAUUUAAGUUUCUUUUAUUUUUACUGUGAGAAAUGUGUACUAGUCCGAAUGCCAAGAGCAUCUUUAUCAUCUUUAUCUCUAAGACUAUUUUUGGCUUACUGAAUAAAAAAAUUCAAUAGUUAAAAGAA